GUCAGCGCGGCGGCUGCGGCUGGCCCUGGGGGCGGGGCUGCAGGGAAAAAAGUGCUAAAACCGCUGAGGAGCUCAGUGACUGAAUACCAAAUGGAGAGAAUUAAAACUUUUCCCAUGAGUGUGUUAGGACAUAUGAAGUGAGAAUUCUACUAGAGAGGAAAUGGCUGCUUCUUCCUCGUCCUCCUCAGCUGGUGGGGUCAGUGGAAGUUCUGUCACUGGAUCUGGUUUCAGUGUCUCAGACCUUGCCCCACCACGGAAAGCCCUUUUCACCUACCCCAAAGGAGCUGGAGAGAUGUUAGAAGAUGGCUCUGAGAGAUUCCUCUGCGAAUCUGUUUUCAGCUAUCAAGUGGCAUCUACGCUUAAACAGGUGAAACAUGAUCAGCAAGUUGCUCGGAUGGAAAAACUAGCUGGUUUGGUAGAAGAGCUGGAGGCAGAUGAGUGGCGAUUUAAACCCAUCGAGCAGCUGCUGGGGUUCACACCCUCUUCCGGUUGACCUGGCCUGGAUGGUCACUCUGGUGUGCGCAGCGCCUGCAGAGCCAGCAAAGGACCUUUCUUACAGCUUACAUAGCCAUCGAGAGAUUCACAGCUCCAUUGCUGACUUGUUAAUUCACAUCCAUACUUGGUUUCUCUGUACCUAUUCACAAGCAACAAAUAUUUAAAUGUAUGAUCUUACAGGGAAACUUUUUGUUUAUUUGUUUUAAAAAAGCAUUGAGAAUUAGGUUAAAACAAUUGGCAUCACAGAACCAGGAGGUUUGGGUUUCAGAGAUUUAUAAAACGUCACAAACCAGGUAAGACACGUGCCGGAAUUGGCCCUCUGAAUGGCAUCUCUACUGACACUCAUGCACUGCACGGGAUCCUCACCAGUCAAGUCCAAGGUCAGGAUCUGGAGUUAUUAAAUCCAGCAUUUCUGACCUAAAACAGUUCUUUCUUGCAGAUGAAUAUAAUUUCAACUCAGGACCUGUGCAGAUGAGGAAUUUUUAAAUGUUCAGGGUUUUUUUCCUAUUUUUAGACAUCUAAUUCUAUAGAUUCUAACGUUUUCUAACCUGUUCUAGACAUGCCAGCAUGUCUAUAGAAUUGCUCUUUGAAUGUUGAAGCACUUGUAAAAAUAAAGCAGUGAGCAAAAUCCUUUAAACACAGAAAUCCUGAGUUCAUCUUAUUGGUGGCCUCAAGCAAUUCUUUAGCAAAUAAAUCCUUUGAAAGGGCUCCAAA